GUUAUUUUCUGUUAAAUGCAGAGAUGGGGAAGGUUAGCUGGAAGCAGGGGGACCAAUGGUACCAUGCCCACUACUACUGCCUGUAGUCCUGAAGCAGAACUUCUCUGCAAACCAAACCUAAACAAGUACGUGUUGGAUGUGUUGGACAAAUGCAAUCAUCUCAACCAUCUCCAGCAGCUACAAGCCUUCCUUCUAACCCUUGGCCAUGGCCAGACUCAGUUCUAUGCUUUCAAGCUUGUUCGGUUCUGCGCCCUCACCCUCUCCAACCUCAAUUAUGCUCGCUUCAUCUUCGAUCACCUUCACUCCCCCAAUGUCUACCUCUAUACGGCCAUGAUUACGGCCUACGUGUCCAAACCCGAUCACAAAUCGGCACUUCUCUUGUACCGGAGUAUGAUACGUCGAGGUCGUUCUAAGCCUAAUCAUUUCAUCUAUCCCCACGUCUUAAAGUGUUGUUCGGAGAUCUCUGAAACAUUGGGGACUAAAUCAAUACAUACCCAGAUCUUGAAUUCGGGUUUUGGUGGGUACCCAAUUGUGCAGACUGCUCUGCUUGAUUCGUAUUCUAGGACAUGUUCGGACCUCGGAACUGCACGGCAGUUGUUCGACGAAAUGGGUGAGAGAAAUGUUGUGUCUUGGACGGCUAUGAUUUCGGGCUACGCGCGGCUUGGGCAGAUUGGAAAUGCUGUUUCGCUUUUUGAAGAUAUGCCUGAGAGAGAUGUUCCAUCCUGGAAUUCUGUUAUAGCAGGUUGCACUCAGAAUGGUCUGUUUCCGGAGGCCAUCUCACUCUUCAGAAGAAUGGUUAGUCUUGUGGAUAGUGAGGAGAGGCCGAAUCAGGUUACGGUUGUGUGUGCACUGUCAGCUUGUGGUCAUCUUGGCAUGCUUCAGCUAGGUAAAUGGAUCCAUGGAUACAUCUAUAGGAACAGCCUCGGCCCCAAUUCGUUUGUCUCAAAUGGUCUUGUGGACAUGUAUGGUAAAUGUGGGAGCUUGAAGGAAGCAAGAAGGGUUUUUGAUGAGACAUCAGAUAGAAGCUUGACUUCUUGGAAUUCGAUGAUCAAUUGUCUUGCUCUUCAUGGGCAAAGUGAAAGUGCAAUUGGCGUGUUUGAGGAGAUGAUUGGGUGUGAAGGAGUAGUGAGACCUGAUGGUAUCACCUUUGUUGGAUUGUUGAAUGCUUGUACUCAUGGUGGAUUGGUCGAGCAAGGUUGUGAUUAUUUUGUUUCCAUGACUCAGGAUUAUGGAAUUGAACCUCAAAUUGAGCACUACGGAUGCAUGAUAGACCUUCUUGGUCGAGCUGGUCGGUUUGAAGAAGCCAUGGAAGUUAUCAGAGGGAUGAGGAUUGAACCUGAUGAAGUUGUUUGGGGUUCUUUGCUUAAUGGUUGUAAGAUCCAUGGUCAUAUGGAUUUGGCUGAAUUUGCAGUGCAAAGACUGAUUGAAAUCGAUCCAAAUAACGCUGGUUACGGUGUAAUGUUGGCCAAUAUUUAUGGAGAGUCAGGUAAUUGGGAAGAGGUGAGGAAAGUGAGGAAGUCAUUGAAGGAAAAGGGAGUAACAAAGACACCCGGAUGCAGCUGGAUUGAGAUUGAUAACCAAAUCCACCAGUUUUACUCUGCUGAUAAGAUGCAUCCUGGAUCAGAUGAGGUAUACAAGAUUUUGGAAACUUUGGUUGGUUUAUAUUAGCUCAAAAUCUGUUGCACAAUACCUUACAGCUCCACCAUCAAGACUCCAGC